GAGCGGGUUAAGCGCCUGGCGGCGGCGGCUCCGCCACUCGGCUCCGCACCGCGCUCCGCGCCGGAGCCCAUACAGCGGGAAGAUGGCGACGGAGGGAGCGAGCGGCGAGCCCGGCUCUGGCGGGCGGGACGACUCGGCGGCCACGGCAGCGACAAGAGAGUUUGAUGUGGAUAACCUGAGCAAGCCAGAACUGCGAAUGCUUUUGAGUGUAAUGGAAGGAGAACUAGAAGCACGAGACCUUGUGAUCGAAGCCUUGCGGGCCCGACGCAAAGAGGUUUUUAUCCAGGAGCGAUAUGGAAGAUUUAAUCUGAGCGACCCAUUUCUGGCUCUUCAGAGAGACUUUGAGGCAGGUGCUGGUGAUAAAGAAAAGAAGCCAAUAUGCAUGAACCCUCUGUCCAUUUUAGAAGCUGUUAUGGCUCACUGCAGGAAAAUGCAAGAAAGGAUGUCAGCUCAGUUGGCUGCUGCUGAAAACAGACAAAAGAAGUUGGAAAUGGAAAAAUCUCAGUUACAGAAUCUGGAGCUGGAGCACAAAAAGCUAUCUGCUCGUCUUGAAGAAGAACGUGGAAAGAAUAAGCAUGUAGUAUUGAUGCUAGUGAAAGAGUGUAAGCAGUUGUCUGGCAGAAUUGUAGAAGAAGCCCAGAAACUGGAAGAAGUGAUGUCAAAAUUUGAAGAGGAAAAGAAAAAGGCUACUGAAUUGGAGGAGUCUCUUGCAGCUGAGAAACAAAGGAGUACACAAAUGGAAGCUCAAAUGGAAAAGCAGCUGUCUGAGUUUGACACAGAGAGAGAGCAGUUGCGUGCCAAACUUCACAAAGAGGAAACACACACCAGUGACCUCAGAGAAGAAAGAGAUAAAAUGAUCAAAAUGAUUGAGCAAUUAAAAAAGGAGAAUGAAAAUAAAGCUAAUCUUUCUCAGAAGAAUAGAGAUAGGAGUCUUGUUUCUGUUUCAGUUGAAACAGAAGAGCCGAGUUCAAGAACUGUUGCUUGUCAAACAGAGACUGUAAUGGUGGACAGUAGCGUAGAAAAUGCUAAGAAGUUGCCUUUGACUGUCUCUGUAAAGUCUUCUACAGUGAGCCCACUAGUGUCUGGCAAUUCAAAAAUGAAUGUGUGUGCCAAUGCAGCAUUUGUGAAGCCUGUCAUUGAUAGGCAGUCUUCAUCUAGUGAACUUGUCCCUCCCACAACUCCUGUUUUUGCACAGAAUCAAAACAAAAUUGAAGAAAAUGGGCCGAGUACAGGCUCCUCCCCUGAUUUAUCAAGUAGCACUUCCCCUUUUUCAAAUAGUAAUGCCCUUUGCACCCCUACCACACCAACUGCCACAGCUCAGAAUUCCUCACUCUCUUCAUCUAUACACAAUUUGCAUUCACCAUCUGCCAACACUACUGGCCAUCCAGGCCUAAAUCCACGAGUCCAAGCAGCUAGAUUUAGAUUUCAGGUGAAUACAAACGAUCAAGACCAAAAUGGAAAUACAACCCAAAGCCCUCCCUCAAGGGAUGUAUCCCCUACUAGUCGUGACAACCUUGUUGCCAAACAGGCAGCUCGGAAUACUGUCACCCAAGUUCUUUCAAGAUUUACAAGCCCUCAGAGUAGUGCUCCAUCACGGCCAGGGACAUCACAUUCAUCAGAAGUUGGCACUUACCCCCCAGUUGGUAAAAUGACUUUAAAGACUCCAAGUGUAUCAAGAAUUGACAGAGGAAACCCUCCACCUAUUCCUCCUAAAAAACCAGGGCUUUCACAAGCUCCUUCUCCACCACACCCACAGCUUAAAGUUCUAAUGGAUAGCAAUCGAUCCCCAAAUACAAGUGCAAAAACUGACAACAAAACCAUGACCUCACCUCUUUCAAGCUCAUCACAAGGAAUCAGGGUAAUAAAUGAGGAAAUUAUUUCUAAGUCCUCACCUCAACUGCCACCAAAACCUGCUAUAGAUUUAUCUGUGGCACCUGCAGGCUGUGCCAUACCAGCCAUAGCCUCAUCUCAGGUGGGUGCCUGGCCUUCCCACUUCCCUGGACUGAACCAACCUGCAUGUUCAGAAAAUUCCUUUGUCAUUCCCACCACCAUUGCCUGUAGCUCCUCCAUAAACCCUGUUAGUGCUUCAUCCUGUAGACCAUGUGAUUCAGACAGCCUCCUGGUAACAGCAUCAGGCUGGUCUUCCUCCCUAACCCCUUUGUUAACAAGUGGUGGUCCUGUCCCCCUGGGUGGCAGGCCCACCCUUCUUCACCAAGCUGCUGCCCAGGGAAAUGUCACUUUAUUAUCAAUGCUGCUUAAUGAAGAAGGACUGGACAUUAAUUACUCUUGUGAAGAUGGCUAUUCUGCCUUGUAUUCUGCUGCUACGAAUGGACAUACAGAUUGUGUGAGAUUGCUGCUGGCUGCAGAAGCACAAGUUGACGCUGCUGAUAAAAAUGGCUUUACACCCUUGUGUUCAGCAGUUGCUCAGGGACAUGUCAAAUGUGCAGAAUUAUUAAUUAUGUAUCAGGCUGAUAUAAACCAUGCUGCUGAAAGAGGACAAACACCUUUGUACCUGGCCUGUAAAAAUGGAAAUAACGAUUGUAUUAAACUAUUGUUGGAAGGUGGAGCGGAUCGAACAAUAAAAACCAGUGAUGGCUGGUCACCAAUUCAUGCAGCAGUGGAUUCUGGUAAUGUUGAAAGUCUCAAGCUCCUUAUGUACUAUGGAGAGCCAAACAAUGGGAACUGUUUGAUGGACGCAGAGCCUAAUUUAGACUACUUUGAUUUGGAGAAGAGAGAAGAUGACUAUAGGAGUAGAGUAAAGCCUGUUGUUUCUGCAGAUCUCAUCAACCACGCUGACAAUGAGGGUUGGACUGCUGCCCAUAUAGCAGCAUCAAAAGGCUUUAAGAACUGUCUAGAAAUCCUUUGUAGCCAUGGUGGACUAGAGGCUGAGAGAAAAGACAAGUGUAAUCGAACAUUGCAUGAUGUUGCUACUGAUGAUUGCAAACAUCUCCUAGAAAACUUAAAUGCUCUUAAUGUACCUGUAAGGAUUUCAGUCAGAGACAUUGAACCAGUCCAUUGCGGUACAGAGGAAUUUGAUACAAUAUGUGCUUUAAAUAUCCGCAAGCAGACGUCAUGGGAUGAUUUUUCAAAAGCAGUGAGUCAGGCAGUGACAAACCAUUUCCAAGCAAUUGCUUCUGAUGGAUGGAAGAGCCUAGAAGAUCUGUCAUUUCAUAGUGCUGCAGAAUCCAACAUUGGCCUCAAUGCAAGCAGUAUAUUUUCCAUCAAACUAGGAAACAUUUCAUGGUCAACAGGUCAGAUUUUUUCCCAGCCACCAUGGGACUUUUUGAAGAACAAUAGAGCUGAACAUAUCACAGUGUUUCUGUUUGGACCUCAAGAAGGCUGUCUAAACAGUGUCACUUAUGCAUCCAUGAUCCAUCUUCAGACACUUCAGAAUUAUCUCCGCCUGGUUGAACAGUACCGUAAUGUCAUUUUCCAUGGUCCAGAAGGAAGUUUGCAAGAUUAUAUAGCAUAUCAGAUAGCGGCCUGCAUGAAGCAAAAGCAAGUGGCUGCAGGGUCUACAUGUGAGAUUGUUAAAGUUGAAGUGGAUGCUGGUUUCUCCAAGGAGCAACUUGCAGAACUGUUCAUCAGUAAUGCUUGUCUGAUCCCAGUGAAGCAGCCUCCUGUAAACAAGACAACAAUUGUGAUUUUAGAAAAUCUGGAGAGAGCUUCUUUAUCUGAAUUACUUGGAGAUUUUCUAGCACCUCUUGAGAAUCGAAGUUCGGAAAAUCCCUGCACUAUUCAAAGAGCAAAUGGAGUUUCUGGUGCUUUUUACUUUCAUGAGAACUGCUUUUUACUGGGGACCAUCGCAAAGUGCCAUCUUCAUGGCUCUGACCUGCUGGUUCAGCAGCAUUUCCGUUGGGUUCAGCUUAGGUGGGAUGGGGAACCAAUGCGAGGCUUGCUUCAGAGGAUUUUAAGGAGAAAAGUAAUAAACAAGUUCAGAGGCAAAGUACCUCCUCCCUGUGAUCCCGUGUGUAAGAUCAUAGACUGGAUUCUUGCUGUUUGGCACCAGCUGAACUCUUGCUUAUCCCGUCUAGGAGCACCUGAAGCACUUAUGGGGCCAAAGCAUUUCUUCUCUUGUCCUGUGGUUCCAGGGCACAGCCAAGCAACAGUCAAGUGGAUGUCCAAGCUAUGGAAUGCUGUGAUAGCUCCUAGAGUACAAGAAGCCAUACUCUCCAGAGCCUCUGUGAAAAGACCAUCUGUACCAGGACAAGCAAUAGCCAAAAAAAAUCCUAGCCAAGGGCAACAGGCUGUUGUUAAAGCUGCUCUCAGUAUCUUGCUAAAUAAAGCUGUUUUGCAUGGCUGUCCUCUACCCAGACAAGAGCUAGAUAAUUAUAUAGCAGAUUUUAAGGGAGGAAAUUUUCCUUUGUCUGUGGCUUCGAGCUACAAAAAUUGUAGUAAGAAAAGAGGUGAGAAUGCUUCUUGGAGAAAAGUGAGCACAAGUCCUCGCAAAAAGUCAGGCCAUUUGUCCUCCCAGUCAUGGAAUAAGCAGGAGACAAAUACUGAAGGUGUGAAAUCUAAAACUGUGUUGCAACCAAACUGUAAGAAAAGAGCUUCUCUCACCACAAAAUCUUCAGAGAAGGAUCAUUUGAGAACAUUAAAUCUGGAGCAAAGGCUGUCUGUUGGUUCUGAUGAUGAAGUAGAUCUUGUGCAGGAACUUCAAAGUAUGUGUUCCAGCAAAUCUGAGCCUGAUAUAAGCAAGAUUGCAGAUUCUAAGGAUGAGUUACUGAUGUUCAGUAACUCCCAGAACAUUCCUGUAUUUUCAGCAAGUAGUACUAACCCAGCUAAACCAACAGCACAAAAGGUAGGUGAAAUGAGUUUUGCAGUAGGAUAUUCUUCAGUUACUCCAAAUCUGAAUUUCUAAUUGGAUCCUAAGAAUUAGUGCCCUGUUUAUUACAAGAAAAAACUGGCAUAAUUCUUAG